CCAAGGUAAAAUAUUAUUUUUUCCUUUUUUGUUUCUACAUUUGAACGAUUUUUUACGUUUAAAGUAGUAGUAUUUACGUAGUACUGUGACAUUUCUUUGAAAUAGACUAGCGCAGUUUGAGGAUAAAGUUCUUAAUAUAAGAGCUCAAACGCAAAAAAUUCGCAAAUAUCUUUGGAACGGCCCUCCGCAAACUUAUUGUGCAAAGGAGUGAAAGAAUUAUUGAAGGAUAAAAUUUUGUGGUAAAAUGAUGAAAAUUUCAAAAUCAUUAUUAUUUUGCUUGGUUGUCUGCUGCGGACUCUAUGGUUUAUCCGAUGGAGCUACACUCCCAUCGGUAUUUAACGAUACUGUUACAGAAGUAGGAUCUACUACCUGGACUUUAUUAUCGAAGGUCGAUGACAUUCUCAAUUGUAACUCAUCGGAUUCAAAUUAUCUACCAUCUCCUUCAGAAAUUGCAGCUCAUCCUAUAAAAUCUUUAUCAAAUUGUAUUUGUUAUACUCUCAAAACGAUCCGUAAUGGAGGCAAGGCUGCAACUGAUGUAUUUAAUCAUCCCCUUGAAACUGUUUUACCACCGAUAAUGGCGGUAUUGAAAAAUUUUUCUGACAGUAAUAUCGUUCCAGACCCAUUGAAUUCUUUGCUUCAUACUAUUAUAAGUCUAUACGAUAUCAAUCGUUUACUUAUGAGCGCUCUAUAAAAUCUUAUUGUUAAU